AUGACAAAAGAUGCAGAAGGUGUUUGGGUAGUCGGGUAUGGCUCCUUGAUUUACAAACCUCCUCCUUGUUGGAAGUAUAUGGUAAAUGGAAUAUUACAUGGGUUUUUGAGGAGAUUUUGGCAGUCUAGUAUUGACCAUAGAGGUACACCAAACUCACCAGGAAGAGUUGCAACGUUGAUUCCAUAUUCUGAAAUCAUUCAGAAUGAGGCAUUCAAAAAAGACCUUGAUGAAAGGAAAACGAGGGAGGUUUCAACCGGACAUGAUUUACAACUUUUGGCGAGAGCCUACUACAUUCCACCGGAACAUGUACAGUCGGUAACAGAAUACUUGGAUGUCAGAGAGCAGAACGGAUAUACGGCUCACAAAAUACAUAUACACUUAGAGCCCCCUAGAAACGAGCCAAAGGAAUUACAAGAACUCUUAAAUAAGCUCCCAGUGGAUGAAGUCACUGGGAAACAUAUUCUAGUUUCCAUGGUUUAUAUCGGAACUUCUGAUAACGAGGCUUUUAUUGGACCAGAAAAUAUCCAAGAUACCGCAUCUGUCAUUGCAUUUAAUGAAGGCCCAAGUGGGCCAAAUUACGAGUAUCUAAAACUGUUACAUGAUUCAUUAAUACAAAUGGCUAAUCAAAUAGGUAAACCAUUAGAAGGAAUCGAGGACUCUUAUCUGGACUCCUUAGUAGAAUGUACCGAAUCGAUACGAAGUAAUAAAAAUAUGAAGCCGCACUCUGAUUCCAAGUCUACAUCGGUUACGUAG